GCCAAACCUGGCCAAAGUCAUUCAUUAUUAUCUACUGCGGAUGGCAGUGGAAGGGAACCAAGCGAAUGCUUAACCAAUAGGAGGCUCGGGAUGUUCCCCUACAAUUUAGGUUUAUGAAGUUCGGUGAGUUCGGUCGAUUUCUGGAAACUAAAUAAGUCAUUUUGAUUACCCUUCGAGAGCGGUCUUCGCUCGGAUUUCCGACGCUCCCUAAGACCUCGAAGACCUCUCUACUUUACUUUAUUCUACACUCAUACCCGCACGCAAGUCUCUCUUCGGUAUGUUUUCGAGCUUCUCGCAAUUCCAGGUCAAACAGAUGGUUACAUUGUGUGGGACACAUUUGAGUUUAGCAGGACGUACAUUUAGCAGAAAUUGCAAGAACAUGAACUUAGGUAUAUAUAUAACUGCCCACGAUAAAUCGCUGUCGGCUUUGCACAAUACCAUCCACUUCGCAUAACUAUUACAUCCAAACAAGCAACACAAUGGCUAUCUCUCAAGGCAAUUCUAGUGGCAAGCUUCGCAUCGGUGUCCUCGGUGUUGGCCGGAUGGGUCGACGACACGCGUCAAACGUUGCUUACUCGGCACCACGGGCAGAGCUGGUGGCAGUAGCGGACCCCAGUCAGGAGGCACUGGCGUGGGCCAAAGCGAACCUGCCGUCCACAGUGCAGUAUUAUUCCGACUCCGCGGACGUCAUUCAAUCGCCCAACGUCGAUGCUGUCUUGAUUUCUACUGAGACUUCGGAACAUGCAAGGCUCGCUUUGGAGGCUGCCGCCGCGGGAAAGCACGUCCUUCUUGAGAAACCCAUCUCCGUUGAUGUUGACCUUUCGCGGCCUGUCGUGGAAGCCGCCGGUAAGCACCCCGAACUGAAGAUAAUGAUUGGAUUCUCUCGGCGAUUCGAUGCUUCCUACAGGGAGGCAAAGAGGAGGAUUGAUGAAGGUAGCGUGGGCAAACCGUACUUGAUCAAAUCGUGCACCAACGAUCAAUACGACUCCACCGGCUUCUUCAUUGCCUACUCUAAGGCAUCUGGAGGCAUCUUCAUUGAUUGCGGUAUCCACGACAUUGAUAUCUCACGAUGGCUAUUGGACGUUGAAAACCCAGCCAACCUCAAGUAUCCUAAGAAGCAAGUGACCUCGGUUUGGGCGACCGGCCUUAACGCUCAACACCCAGAGCUCGCGUCGUACGGAGACUGUGACAAUGCUAUCUGCGUGGUCGAGUACGAGAAUGGAACCAAGUGUACCUUCCACCUCUCGAGGACAGCCAUCCACGGUCAUGACUGCUUCUGCGAGGUCUUUGGAACCGACAGCAAACUGAUCAUCAACGGCAAUCCAAACAUGAACCGUGUAGAGAUCAGAGACAUUCACGGAGUUCGUAUGGAGUCUACGCCUACAUACUACGACCGAUUCAGGGAUGCAUUCAUCAGCGAGGUUCAAUCUUUCUGUGACGUAGUUUUGGACGACAAACCCGUCCCUACCACGCCUCAGUCCGCCCUGGAAGCUGCUAAGAUCGCCAUGGCCCUCACUCAUUCUUUCCGAGCCGGCAAGCCGGUUUAUUUUGACAAUGAAGGCGAGGCAAUUAUCAACUAGGCAUGAGAUUAAUGGGAUAUAUAUAUGUGUGUAACCAUUAUAACCAUUAUGACCCUCAUAAAGCAGCGCGUACCAAAUGUAU